AAAUGGGAGCCAAUAUGAGUGCAAAUCAUAAUCAACCAAAUGUGUUGAGACAAUUGUUAAUAGUAUUCAAACGAGACUUUUUUGUUUGUGUGUCUCAUUUGAAGUAAACGAAGAAUUGGUAAAAAGCGGUGAAUCACUUGAGUUGAUAUUUGUCGGUAACAAUCAUAACAGCACAGGGAUGUGGACAACUCCCUUCCCAUCCUUAUAGACGACUUCCGCUUCUUUUUAAGUAUCUGACCCGUCCUUCCCGUACUACUAAUUCAUUGAAAAGUCAAAAGAGCUAAAUAUACAGCAAUACGAUGGGUGUGUGACUUCCGCUUAGACAUUGAUUUCAAUAGCAGUGCUCUAUUGCUGGCCUAUUGCUUGGGUGCACCCAAUCUGCGAUAUAUAUAUAUACCCAACAGUUCUCACAAAACUGAAGGACAGUAGACUUUGUGUGUCGAAUAACUCAACGACUCAUAUAUUUGUGUUAUAUUUAUAAUUAAUUUUUCGUUAAUCAAAACAAUAUGAAAAUAUUAAAGAGAAUUAAAAGAAUUGCUUGUUCACCGAAACUGCGAGGACAUCAUGAGUCGGGAACAAACAAUUUACCGCCCAUUUUGUUUCACUCGAUUCACGGCGAGAACGUCCGUAUUUCUCCUGACUGUACAGUCGCUCAAAGAAGUGAUAGCUUCUGCAAAGGCAUUUGCUUCAGCAACCGUCCCAUUCGUGUCAAUGAAAGAGUUUGCAUAAAAUUUAAAGACAUUUCUCAGAGCUGGAGUGGAGCCAUACGUUUCGGAUUUACAUCUAAUGAUCCCUUAACUUAUAGAUCAAGUUUACCAAAGUAUGUCUGUCCAGACUUAACCAAUAAACCGGGCAAUUGGGCCAAAGCUUUGGGUGAAAGAUUUGCUGUUAAAGACUAUAUAUUAUACUUCUAUUACAAUGAAUUGGGUGACGUUCACUAUGGCAUCAAUGGUGAAGAAAGAGGAAUUUUCUUCAGUGGUGUUUCUUCCAACUGUUCUCUUUGGGCACUCAUUGACAUAUAUGGUAAUACUGUUGAGAUUGAAUCGGUUGAUCCUCGACAGCAGAUUAGUUGUCGUCGCAAUAGCCUUGAAGUCGAUACAAUUAUUCCAAGUCUUUCAACGAUUGAUAUUAAUCGAGAAAAUCGGGAACCAUUGCCUCAGGUUUACAGAGACACUCAUUUUCAGUCCUUUCCAUUUCAUAAAACAAAAGGAUGUAAUAUUAGACUAUCAAAUGACAGAUGUAUAGCUGAACGAAAUAAUAGCCAUUAUUGUCAGGGAUAUGUAUUCUCUGAAAGGCCAUUAAGAUUGGGUCAAAAAAUGGUUCUUCAAGUGUUACAAACCGAUGAAUUAUAUGCCGGAAGUUUAGCCUUUGGGUUAACAACAUGUGACCCAUCGACUAUCAAUAGCAAUGAUUUGCCUGAAGAUCCACACCUAUUACUCGACAGAUCUGAAUAUUGGGUUGUUGUCAAAGAUGUAGCAAAUGCUCCUCAAGCUGGUGAUGAACUGGCCAUCAGAAUGACCCAAAAUGGUGAAGUCCAGCUCAUGAAGAAUAGACAACCGGUUCACACACUAAUGCACGUCGACUCCACUCAAACAAUGUGGCCUUUCUUUGAUCUCUACGGCAGUACUAUUAAAAUGAAAGUUUUGGGCAUUUGUGAUAACGAAACGCCUGAAAACAUUGGAAAUUCGGCUCAAGUCUGUAAUUCACGAAAUAAUCAACAAAUGAGUCGAUCUCUUAAUACAAACAAUAAUAAUAAUAGCAGUAAUUUAACUGUAAGAAUGCCUAACAAUUCUCCCAAAUUGACGAAUACUAAUAAUAAUAGCAAUUCUGACUCAUUGAAUGCAAUUGGCAAUGAGUGCAAUGUUUGCUAUGAACAGACAAUCAAUAGUGUACUUUACACGUGUGGACACGUGUGUAUGUGCUAUGAAUGUGCAGUCAAACAAUGGCGAGGACCCGGACAGUGCCCCAUAUGUAGAGCCACUAUCAGAGAUGUCAUCCGAACCUAUUGGUCUUAAUUGUUUGCUUAUCUCUCAACACUAUUCAAUCAAAUUUUAUCAAUUUAUAAGUUGUGCUUCGAGUCAAUAAUAAUAAUAAUAAUAUCUAUUUAAUUGUUUUAUACAUUAAUUUCAUAAAUAGAGUUUUUCUUUAAAGAAAUUAUAAUU